AUGAGGCCGACACAAAGAUUACGAAUGCCCUUGGGCAGAGCCCCUCAAUCAUCCUACUACGACCAACAGAACCGACCCGGCACCGCCCUCUACCGCGCCCGCCAACCCUACCUCGUCAAGAACGCCAUCACGGGAGUGUGCAUAGUCGGCUUCGUCGCCGCUGUCUGUGCGUCGAGAACACCAGAAAGACGUCAUGGUAGAAGUAUUGGGGCUGAUGAGAGACGAGCAGAUACGUUCACGAUCAAAGCGAUCGGACAAGACGACUUCUCCGACGUCCCUAUGCCUGAUGCACCAGCGCAACCCGCCCAUGCGCCGCAUAUGAGCGCAUCUACAGAAACACCGUCUGGUUCUGGCGACACCAACGCUGCGCAGGACUUCCAGCACACACCGCUCGAGGAUGCCGCCAAAGAGAUCAAACUUCUCCAUAUACUACCGGAGACUACCACUGGCCAUCUCAACUUCGAGCUGCACGCCUACCAGCGCGAUGCGGCACCUCCGUACGCCGCCAUCUCCUACGCCUGGGGAGAGCUGAAGUACUGCAAGGCCAUCACCAUUCAGCACCGCGAAUUUCGGGUAACGAGCAACUGUCACUACGCCCUGCAACAGAUCGUACAUCAACACCUCGCAUCGCCGGAGUACGAAUACUACUGGAUGGACUCGCUCUGCAUCAACCAACAGGACAACGAAGAGAAAGGCAUCCAGGUCAGGUUGAUGUGGGAAACGUUCUCGGAAGCCGCACAUGUUUUCUCCUGCGUCGGUCCUCGUGCGGACGACAGCGAAUACUUGUUUGAGCUGCUACUACAAGCCUGGCAGUCCGCUCAGAAGAUGACAGGACCUCUGGCGACCACGAUUCGUGCCGCCUUCGAGCUGACGAUCUAUCGUAAUAGUAGGUCGACCAUUCCGCACGUUUCUCCGUUUGGAUUAGGCCGCCGUGCCGAUGUUGCUCUGGAUCCCUUCGUACAUCGUGCGUAG